UGUCGCUUCCUCUGUUGUCAUCUCCAUCGUUGAAACAAAACCCUAUUCCUCCCUCCCUCUCCAUCUCCAUUCUAAUUCAACCAACAAGAGCUCUCUCUCUCUCCUAUUUCUACGCCAACCCAUCUUCUAUCUCUCUCUCUCUUGAAUUCUCUUGCUGAGAUACUUCUUGUUCCCAUUGGGGCAAAACCUCCAAUUUUGGCUCUGAAUUUUGAGUUCUGUGCAUUUGAAUUUAAUCUUCGGGGGGUCUUUUUCUAACUCCUCUGUGUUGCUCGCACUUCAUCACAGGCUGCAAUUACAUGUACGCCUGUACCUCCUCCCUUACCCAACUCUGUUUUGGGUUCUGAGUUUCAGGCUUUUUUUUGCUCAUAACUCCUUCCGUUUCUUGUAGUUUAUUUCAGGGCUUUUCAAAGGGUUCGCCGAUAAUAAAGUCUCUGGCCUUUUUCCUCUCUUUCCGCAGCAGUAUUGGUUGGUUAUAGGGUUUAGGGUUUUGUAUUUUUCCUUUUUGAAACAAAACCUUUUACCCGUUCAACUCCAAUCCCAGCAACAGCUUCCAGCACUUUUUUGUUUUUUGGUAAAAUCCUGAACUGGGUCUGCGUUUUUUUUUUUUCUCGUAAUCUUCAUCACCAAUUCGCUACCUCGGAAUUGGGCGUAACAAUUUCCAAUUUCCUAUCAAUUUCGCCUGAAUUUAUGAUGAGCUUCUUCGUGCCCUGUCUUGAAUUAAGCUCUCAGUUUCUGUUCUUGGAUUGAACCUUUCAGCGUACCUAGUGGUAUCAGAGCUGAUUGCUGAUUACCUAAGGAAUCCAAAUGUCUUCGUGCUUGAGCGGAGGCGGCCGUGCGUACGGAUUCGACCUUGAAAUAGUGAAGUCUCCGUCUACUUCUACCAUAACUUCGCAUUCGUCUUCUCCAUCUUCGACUCUCUCCGAGUCCAGCAACUCCCCGCUUGCAAUCUCGACGCGAAAACCUCGGACUCCUCGAAAACGGCCGAACCAGACCUACAAUGAGGCCGCCGCAAUUCUGUCCACGGCCUACCCCAAGCUCUUCUCCGCCAAGCAUCUCACAAAGCCUUUCAAGCUCGCCAAGCCGCACGAAUCUUUCUUGGAUGAGCCGUCGGACUUGCUUCUUCCAUUUCGAGUGUUCGAGAAUUCUGGUUUCUUGCUCCAUCAUCCAAUCCCAGAAAAACCCAAUUCGACAAUGGAGCCAAGAAUUGUCAAUUCAUGUGAGAAAUUCUGCCACGGCCAGAUGGCGGUGAACCCGCUGAGCUUGUGCAAUGGCUACCAAGACGACUUCGACGCAGGAUCCAUACUCGAUGAGGAAAUGGAGGAGGGCGGCAAUUGUAUCGACAGUAUAAUGGGGAACCUGAGCGUGAACAAUGACUCAGUCGACGAGCGGACUUAUUGGUACGGGUCGGUAUUCCCCGGGAAGUUCGAAGUGGGGCGGUUCGGGAUGAGAAACGGCGUUAGGGCAUUGCGGCAGGUUGAGGACGGAGAUUGGUGGCGGUUUUCGACCGUGAAUGUCGGCGACAUCUCGCCCAGGCUGAGGAAACCGCCGCCGCCUGCUGAGAAGAAGAAGAAGAAGAUUGAGGAAAUCAAGAGCGUGGAAUCGGCAAAAGAAUUCACUCCGGCCGUCCCGGAGAAUUCGGUUCCGAAAUCGAAUCCUGGGUUGCUCCUGAAGCUGAACGUGGAGGAAGUUGUGAAUGCUUGGUCCGACCGAGGGUCGCCGUUUUCCGAGGAGUUCCCCGGCCAGGAGACGGCUUCCGGGAACGAUCUCCACGCGAGGCUGGCUCAAGUAGAGUUGUUUCCGGACAACGGCGGGGUGAGAGAGGCGAGCGUGUUGCGCUACAAGGAGAAGCGGCGUACCCGUCUCUUCUCUAAGAAGAUCAGGUACCAGGUUCGCAAAGUCAAUGCUGAUCGACGCCCCAGAAUGAAACCUUUCAGCCUUCUCCUUAUCAGCCAAUGCUUGUGACGUUGCAGGGUCGCUUUGUGAGGAGUCCAAAUUCUAAACAUGUAAAGCAGACAUGCUCCCAACAACAAUAGCCUCCUUUUUAUUUUUUUUCCCCUUUCUUUUGUAUUUUACUCUUUUGCCCUUGAAAUCUUUUUUCUUUCUUUUUUUUUUUUUCUCGUGAUGUUGUGGAGCAUUAUUGGAGAGGAAAAAUACCGUUGAGAAGAGGAAUUUUAUUAUUGAGGAUACAAAAAUAGCAAAAAAAUCUCUUUUUUUUUUAUUCCUCGGCCUUAUGAUUAAACAAUUAAAUUCUACUCUCUUGUCUCUAGAGUGUUGGGAGGAUA